AUGCCACCUUUACAACCCAUCAUCACCACCCGCCACCACAAGCCCCAUCCCUACCUACAAAAACCACCACUCGUCACCAUCAACCACCACUAUCCACCAAUCACUACCACCUGUCACCACCACCUACCAUCACCACCUGCCUCUACCACCCAUCACCACCACCACCACCACCCACUUAGACCACCCGUUACCACCACCCGCCACAACCACCCCACCCACUACUCAUCAAGACCACCACCACCCAUCAACACCACCUGA